AAAUAAACCUCGCUCGCAGCUUGUGUUAGCUCGUGUUCGGCUGCACUAAAGCUAUGGCGGGCCGCUCUCGGUCAACCGCCAUGUUGGCGCAUGCCUCGACAUCUUUCGCGACGCUUGCCGUGCUAGCGUGCAUGGCUAGCGCAGCAUACCUCUCUCCGGACGCUUUUGAUACAAUUUACCUUCCUGCGACACCGGAGGAGAAGAUCGCCCAGACAUGGACGCUCAGCGAAGCGGGAUCGUCCAUCGAUGGCAUCAAGAACCUGCUGGCGCAUAACAACAUCCUGGGCAACGGCAUCGCCACACUCACCGACCCGCCCGCCAACCUGACCUCCGGCCCCGGGCUGCAGUACCUCGCCACCGCCGUACAGGCUUACCUCGCCCUGUACGGCGGCGUAUCCCUGGUGGUUCCCGGCAUCUUCUACUUCUGGCCCUCCAACACCAACUCCUUCUACCACGGCGCCACCACCUAUGUGCCCGGCGGUGCCGUUGACUUCAAUGGCGGUGCUGUGUACUCCAAGGCCUUCACCACCCUCAAGGACGGCCCCCUGCUGCUGACCACCCCGCCUUUCGAGUACGACAACAUCUGGACCGUCAACUUUUACGAUGUCUACGGCCAGGUCUACCACACCAUCGGCAAGCAGCACGGCAGCAACGGCGGCGCCAAGAUUUACAUCGUGCCGCCCGGCUGGGACGGCGAGCUACCGGACCCGGAGUUCGAGCUGGUCCGCUCGCCCACCAUUGAGGGGAUCCUGCUGGGCCGCACCCUCGUGGGCGGCAACAACAGCGCAGUCAAGCCGUUCAACCUGGCCUGGACCCUGGAGGUGUACGACAACCCCGACGCGGAGGGCCUGCCCGAGGCCAUUCGCUUCGCCUACCCCGAGACCAGCCUUACGGCGGGCGACUGGCAGACGCCGGAAGACCCGCUGAUCUUUUGGAAGCUGGUGGGCGAGGUGUACCGCCGAAAUGGCGCCUGGCACAUCGAGGACCCGCUCAAGCGGCUGCUGCCCACGCUGGGGCUGUGGGAGGAGUACGGCUUCGUGCAGGCGUCCGUGAGCCCUCUGGCGCUGGACGCACUCAAGAUCGCGCCCUACUACGCCAACCGCAUCCUGACCGCCAAGUGGAUCAACCUGGGCCCCAAGGAGCGCGGCUACUGGCAGAACCCCUGGAACCUGGGCUCCUACGGUGUGGAUUAUGUGAACCUGGCCGCCCAGCAGAAGUUCUGGAACAUCCCCAACAAGCAGACCGACGCGGUGUACUACUGGGGCUUCGUGGACUCCGACGGCGUGCCGUACACGGGUGCCAACGGCACGGAGUACGAUAUCGAGUUCGCCUCCGCCCCGCCCGUCAACGACUACAGCUUCUGGUCCAUUGUGGCCAACCGCCACCCUGACGUACUGCUGGGUGCGCCGCCGCUGCCUGGCUCGCCGCCCGGUCAGCCGGCCUGGUCUUCUAUUUACAAGGACGCCUACUCCAACAACGGCACCUGGCGCUUCCGCCUGUCCGCCACCCCGCCGCCCGCAAACACCACUGCCGCUAGCCGCGGCUGGAACUGGGUAUCCCUUCCCCCGGGCACCUUCUACCUCACCCUCCGCCUCUACUCGCCCGGCGCCGCACCCCUGGCUGACACCUACAUUCCCCCGCCCGUUGUCCGCGUCAAGGGUGGUGGUGCCAGCCCCACGCCCACGCCCGCGCCCACGCCCGCGCCCACGCCCGCUCCCACGCCGGCUCCCACGCCUGCGCCCACGCCCGUGCCCACGCCUGCGCCCACGCCCGCGGCUUCGGGCAACACGUCUGUGGCAGGCCCCUCACCCGCCGCUGGACGCCGCCUGCGCCAGCGCUAAGCGCAGGCACAGGGCGAUGUAUGAUUGGUAGCUGUGUACCCACACACAGGUGUAAAUGUGCACGUCAUGUACCUAUUCUACAUACGUGCCCCCCGCCAAAGCGCCGGCACCAUGCACAUACAAGUACAUCUAAGAUUGCUUGCAUGUUGAUAUGUUGUGGUUCCAUGCGCGGCCCCAGCUGCAAUCAAGAACUUGAAGAUGCCAAUGGGGUUUCGAAGUUGUUCAUGUACAUAUCUAUAUCAUAAUCGCGGCUGCUCUGUUGACACAUGAAGGGUCACGCACAGAGUGCACGGAAUCUUGUGGCCGGGUAUGCCAGUUGAGCUUGAGCUGGCACGCUGGCGGUCACCCUGCCUCCAUCACGGGCGCAAUCCGCCUGGUUGCUACCUGCCGCACCCAGCCGUUGCAACAGGCACGUGCACGCGGUGGAGAGACCUGAGGCGCCAUACCGUUUGCCGUUGGGACCCCAUCGACUGUGUCCUGCCGCGCACUGUAACAUAUCGUGAUCCGACGCUUCCAGGGUCCCACCGCCUGAGUAUCCGAUGUCCCUCAUCUGCUAGUGUUCAGAUGGCAGCAGGUAGGAUACACCUGGCGUCCAGCUUGAAGCGGGUAUCAGACGUAGGCUUUGUCUAGACAUCAGCAUGUCGCAAGCGCUUUCAGUGACUGCCGCUCGGUUAGUGAUA